GUUCUCAUUUAGUAUGGAAGAAGAUGAGUUCUUUGGAGAAAAAACAUUCCAGCAUUAUUGUGCAGAAUUCAUUAAACAUUCACAGAAGAUAGGUGAUGGUUGGGAAUGGAGAGCUUCAAAGCUUCAUGUGAAGAAAUGGGAUUGAAAUACGACUUUCCACUGUUUCAUACUAAAUAAAGGCCAGUAAAUGUCCAGUGAAGAGUUUUGUCAAAGUUUAUGAACUAGAAGGAAAAUUGGAACUUUUUUUGGACUGUUCCGAUGGCUACAUGUGCAAAACACAUUUUCAAGUUAAAAAUGAAACUGCAGUGUCACAUCAAGGAACAUCUGACCAUGUACAGACAUUUCUUCCUGUGGAGGAGGCUUUAGAUCCCCCACUGGAUGAUUUUGAGGUAACCGAGACCACCGUGGCUGCCGAAGUGAUUAAAUAUGAGUAUCAUGUCUUAUAUUCCUGCAGCUACCAAGUGCCUGUGCUUUACUUUAGGGCAAGCUUUUUAGAUGGAAGACCUUUAGCUCUGAAGGACAUCUGGGAAGGAGUCCAUGAGUGCUAUAAGACGCGGUUGCUGCAGGGACCAUGGGACACUAUUACUCAACAGGAGCAUCCGAUACUUGGACAACCCUUUUUUGUACUUCAUCCCUGCAAGACAAGUGAAUUCAUGACUCCUGUGUUAAAGAAUUCUCAAAAAAUCAAUAGGAAUGUCAACUACAUCACAUCGUGGCUGAGCAUGGUAGGGCCAGCUGUCGGGCUGAAUCUCCCUCUGAGCUAUGCCACAGCAGCCUCUCACGAUGAAGGCAAUGUCAGUGGACAAGAUUCUUCUAUUGAGCAAAAAAGCUUAGAAGAACACUGAGAGAUGCAGCCGGCCCUGGUUUUAAUGGGGCCAAUAUGGUGUGAGAUUUCAGCUCACCGAGAUUCUGAUGUGGAUUUUUUUCCCCUUGGAAGUAAAUGUCUGCAGCAACUGAUAUGCUCUAUGUUUAGAAGAAACACUGCAAAGACACAAAUUACUAUAAAUAGCAAAAAAGGCUCUAGUUCGGUAAUAGAAAACAUGACAUCAUCAGGGAACUUCGAGGUUCUUCUCUCCUGUCUCUAAGGCUCGUUCUCUUCAUUUUUGAUUUGAGAAUAACAAGAUACCUCACAAGGUCGCUGUGAGAAGCACAUGAGAGCCUUAGUGUGUGAGAAAGUAUGGUAAAGUAUUAAGCAAAUAUUCAUUAAAUGGUGACCUUUCUUAUAAUUGAUUGUCAUUCACCUAGUCUGUCAAUAAGUUUAAUAGUAAGGUGUUAAGAUGAACCAUGGAAUGCUUGGUUUGGGGUUGCUGUUUCGUUUUUCAUUUUAACUUGCUAAGGUCUUAAACUAAGAGAAAAACAUAAUCACCUCUUUAGAGCAUCUAGAUUAGUGUCUGUCAGUGAAGGACGCACUUUAGAGUCAUUUGAGGAUCUUUCUCAACUAUAGGCCCUGGCCACCCUCUGGAACCGCCCCUCCAGGUGAUUCUGAGGUACCUGCUCCUGAAGAAGUUCUGCUCUGGAUGUAACUUUUGAGCCGCAUUUAUUUGUAUUGUUUUGGUCUCCCAGUAGGCCUUCUCCAGUUCUGUGCACAGCUCCUUCAAGCUGGACUUAACUUCCUAACACUGUCCAGGGCUCACCCAAGAGACUGGCUAGCAAGGAGUCUAGGAGGCACCUGGAGAGGCAGCCCACUUGUGGGGAGCGGUUAGCAUGAGGGGAUUAUCUGCUGGCGAAUCACAGAGGACCCUGCCAGCCCCGUUAGUCUCUAGGUUAAGGGCUGCACUCUCAGGCAGGGAGCAGAAGUAGAGAAGGGGUUAAUUUAAACUGCUGGAAAAGCUAAAAGUAAAUUUUAAAACGCUGAGCUGCACAUAUUCAUGCUGGUAUGAGAGCCUGCUUACAUGCUUGCUGGGCAUUUUGGUAUUUACCACUUAACAUCUUUUCAACUUCUGCAAGGGAUUUUUCCUCCCCACAUUCCCUAAUGUAAACACAGAUUUCCUAGCAAGUCAUUUCUCAAGCCAUGUCAUUUCUGGGGUUAAAAAAGAAAAAAAAGUAAUAAUGUGUCAUGUGGAUGAUGUACUCAUCUAGAAAUAUUAGUUGUCCUUUGUGAACAGAUUCUGAGGUGAUAGUAGUCUGUCAGCUUGGGAGCAGUGUGUAGUUUCUCUUUUUUUAAUUUAAAAUGUUUUUUCUCUGAUUGAUAAAGAUCUGAAAAUUCAUCACUGGCAGAAAAAAGUUCUGAAGAGCUCCUCUAAGGUUGUGGAGACCACCCUCCUCAGGUCCUUCUCCUCAAGCAGUUCUAUUUCUUUUCAGAAUUUUUUUCACUUAAACUUUUAAUUUUUGGUUGAUAAAAGUUUCCUUUUUUUUUUAAAGAAUGCAGUAAAAUAACAGACUCUUAUCCCAACAGUAUAAAAUUAGAAAAAUGUUUUGUCAAAGUAAUGGUUCUUUCCCUAAGGGCUUCCUCUCCAGCUAACGUGAAGGCAGAGCUCCUUCAGUCAGCAACAAGACUGGUUACAGCUGCUGCAAGCCAGUCUCCUGUACUCCACUUCUGUGUGAUCUUAGUAAACCCAUUUCACCUCUCUGAUCCUCACAUUCUUCAUCUGCACCAUGAGGAAGCUCAGCCAUGUGACUUGUGAGGCCCACCCAACUCUUGGGUCUGUGAAAGUGGGAGAAUUGAGUUGGAGUUUUGGGGGGAUUGAAAUUUCAGAGUAAGAAUAUGCAGAUAUUCGCUUGGGCAGAUACUUACUGAGUUCCUCUUACGUGCUGAGCCCUAGGCUAGGUGACGGGGUAGCACAUGGAGAGCCUGGCGCACACGAAUGCCCAGUCCAGUGGAGAAGACAGACAAGAGGAAGACACAGGGAUGGUAGGAUGUAUGCUGUGGCGGAGGUGUGGAAAGCACGCAUCAGGAAGAUUCUCAGAAAAAGAAUAUGAGUGGAGUUGUGAAAAACUCACGAUUGAGCCAGGUCAAGAAUGGAGGAAAGAAAGACCUUGAAGGUACCUAUGGGGAAGUGGUAAAGAGAGACCCGGCAAGCAGGACUGGGGCCAGGUCUGGAGGAGCCUUUAUUGACACACCGGUGAUUUGUAUUUGGCCUGAAAACCACAAAGAGCUGCUGAGGGAAUUCAAGUAGAGCAGUUAAAGUGAUCACAUUUGUAUUUUAAAAAGAACUUGUAUUUUUACAAUGACUAAUCACACGUACACGUUGUCAGAUUUUUCACCAGCAGGUACUGGCCCACAGACUUUAGAAGAUACAAGAGUGCAGAAAGGGCUGGGAAUAUGUCAAGGAUGAUCUUUGAUUUUUGCCUAAUACCUUUCAAAGCACAACCUGCCAGUAUCCUGAAAAGUUUGAGUUCUGGCUUGCCAUGUUACCGCGGGCAAGUCACUGCACCUCUCUGAGUCUCUGCUUCCUAACAAAUUAAAUGGAAAGAAGGGUAUUAGAACAAGUAAAAUCAGUUUAUUGGUUUAUGACCAGUAUUUUUUAUGAAACAGAAUAUGCCAAGGAAAAGCAGUCCCUGUGUUUCCUAUACUGUCACAAUACUAUCAGACUCACAGCACGUCUGACACUAGAUGUGGGUUUUCCACACAUCGGACAUGUCUGCAACACCAGCUAGGUGUUCUCCAAUUCAGUUCAGCUAUCAUACCAUCUACCUUAAGUUAGUAACAGCUCCUCCAGGUUAAAUGUUCAGUCCCACAAAACUGCCCCACUUGAGACAGUUGUAAGCCCCAGAUUGUCACCUAUAUUUCUAACUGACCAGCUAUAAGUCAGGUUCCCAUGACUUCCUCCUUGGGUUUCAGUAAUUUGCUGUAAUGACUCAUAGUGCUCAGGGAAACACUUACUUAUGUUUAUCACUUUGUUUAUAUAACAAAACAUGAUAAAGAAUACAGAUGAAGAGCUGCUCAGGUGAGGUCCAGCAGGGUUCCAAGUGCAGGAAUUCCUGUCCCCAUGGAGCUGGGGUGCACCACCCUCUUGCCAUAUAUAGAUGUGUUCACCAACCUGGAAGCUCUUUGAACCAUGAACUUUAGGAAUUUUUGUGGAGGCUACAUCACAUAAGCAUGAUCAAUCAUUAACUCCACUUCUAGCCCUUCUCCCUUUCCCAGAUGAUGGAGGGUGGGGCUGAAAGUUCCAGGCUUUUAAUUAGGGCUUGGUCUUCCUGGUAAUCAGGAAGCUCCCUUCCUGAAGCUAUUCAGGAGUCCACCCAAGAGUCAACCAUUAGCACAAAGCCACUCCUAUCACCUAGGAAAUUCCAAGGUAUUUAGGAGCUCUGUGUCAGGAACUGGGGCAGAGACCAAAUAUUGGGACAAAAGAUGCUCUUCAAGCUUUUACCACUUGGGAAAUUUCAAGAAUUUUAGGAGAUCUGUGCCAGGAUCCUGGGGUCAGAGACUAAUAUAUAUUUUCUAUUAUUUCACAAAUACAUGGAGAAAGUGUAUUGCACACAGUGAGGGUAUCAUUGUUUUAUGAAACUUUGAUUUCAACUAGACACAUAGAAAAUCUGUGGUUGUGUGUAUGUGUGCGCUAGUUUGAUGUAAAUAUAGCUGUAACUCCAGGGAGCAGACUGGAGAUUUUAUUUGAAAAUUUGUGGACAAAUAAGCUCCCUUCUAAUUCUAAGACCUCUGCUUCCCUUCUUAUACUGCUGACCUGUAAGUUGCUAAAAGUUGUUUUAGAAGGUAUAGUAAAUACUUAACUAUUAGCUUGCCCAUUGCACUGGGCUGUGAUGCCAGGGGCACUACUUUGAUAUGCAUAUAGGUUCCUGAAGGGUCCCUUAUAGAUUUUUUUAUAGGAUUUGUCUGUAAAAGUGCUUUCACAUUUUAAAAUCUUAAAUUUCAUAGUGCGUUCUUUAAAGCAGUUCUGUUAAGCUCUUAUCUAACUUUUGUGUUGUCAAUAGCGACACCAAGUGAUAAAAGAGCCCUAUUGCAAAUACCUUGUAUUCUAGACAGAGCUGAAAAAUGAUUUUAGAGAUCACGAAGUCCCACUUUGUAAAUUAUUAAUGCAAACUAGAAAUGCACAUGUAUUCGUACAUUCAUAUAAACUUUACAUGAAAAUAAAUAAAAUCUGUGGCUAGGUGGUGAUUUCUUGGGUUACUUUAAACCUUUUCAAAUACCCAGAAAUCAGAUAGUUACAACUAUGAGGCAGAAAAUAAAGCAGGCUUAACAGAAAAUCAUAAUUCAGUAUAUUUACAGUGUUUGGUGCAUUGGUAUUUACAUGUGCAUGCCAGAUCUUCAGAAUUUAGUAUGGUGGUGGUGGUUAUUUAGUCGCUGAUGGGAUUUCCCAGGCAAGAACACUGGAGUGGGUUGCCAUUUCCUUCUCCAGGGAAUGUUCCCAACUCGAGGGAUCGAACCCAUGGCUUGUGCCACGUCUCCUGCAUUGCCAUGGGAUUCCUUACCCCUGAGCCACUGGAGAAGCCCUAGUAUGUUUGCAUGCUAAGUCACUUUAUGUCUGACUCUUUGUGCCCCUAUGGACUGUAGCUCACCAGGCUCCUCUGUCCAUGAGGAUUCUCCAGGCAAGAAUACUGGAGUGGGUUGCCAUUUCCUACUCCAGGGGAAUCUUCCCAACCCAGGGAUUGAAACCAUGUCUCCUGCAUUGCAGGCAGGUUCUUUACCAUCUGAGCCCAUCAGGAAAGCCCAUAGUACUCAAUAAAUAUUUGUGGAAUGGUUGUGUAUGUGGGUGAUCACUGUGCCUGGGGGAAGCUUCUCAUGGCCUCCUUUGUGCAGACACUGAGGACUGGAUCUGCUUUGCUCCUGGGAACUACUACCCACUCUAUCCUUUGAGAUUUCUUUCCCUUGUUACCAGCAGCAGAGUGGGAUGAGGUUUUUGCAGCCCUUUCCUUUAGCAGAUUCAGAGAGAGACUACCCAAGCCCUUUCCUGAAUGUUUUAUCUUUUUUUUUUUUAAACAAAUUCACUCCUUUUAUUGUGGGGGGGGGGGGGGGCGGUUGCCGAGGCAUGUGGGAUCUUAGCUCCCAACCAGGGAUUGAACCCACACCCCCUGCAUUGGAAGGUGAAGUCUUAACUGCUGGGCCACUCAAGAAGUCCCCUUCCUGCAUAUUGAACAGGAGAUGGUUAAAUAAAAUGUGAUAGUGUACAGUGGGGCUUCUCAGGUGGUGCUAGGGGUAAAGAACCCACCUGCCAAUACAGGAGAUGUAAGAGACACAGGUUCAAUCCUGGAUCAGGAAUGUCGCGUGGAGGAGAACAUGGCAACCCACUCCAGUAUCCUUGCCUGGAGAAUUCCACGGGCAGAAGAGCCUGGCAGGCUACAGUCCAUAGAGUCCUAAGGAGGAGGCUGGCAGGCUACAAUCCAUAGGUUCCCAAAGAGUCAGACACGACUGAGCAACUUAGAACACACACACAGUGUACAGUAGUUCAGUCAGUUUAGUUCAGUCGCUCAGUCAUGUCCGACUCUUUGCGACCCCAUGAAUCGCAGCACGCCAGGCCUCCCUGUCAAUCACCAACUCCCGGAGUCUACCCAAACCCAUGCCCAUUGAGUUGGUGAUGCCAUCCAGCCAUCUCAUCCUCUGUCGUUCUCUUCUCCUCCUGCCCCCAAUCCCUCCCAGCAUCAGGGUCUUUUCCAGUGAGUCAGCUCUUCGCAUCAGGUGGCCAAAGUACUGGAGUUUCAGCUUCAGCAUCAGUCCUUCCAAUGAAUACCCAGGAUUAAUCUCCUUUAGGAUGGACUUGGAUCUCGUUGCAGUCCAAGGGACUCUCAAGAGUCUUCUCCAAUACCAUAGUUCAAAAGCAUCAAUUCUUCAGUGCUAAGCUUUCUUCAGUAGUUAAGUAGAGUGAAUUCAUCUCCAUGUAUCAAAAUAGGCAAUUUCCAUGGAUUGUUGCAUUAAAACAGAAGACAAAAACUAGAUGCUAACUAGGCAUGCAACUUAACACUGUAUCAAAAAUACACUAACACCACACAUGUUCUGUAGUACAUAUACAGUCUGUGUAUCUAAAAACAUUAAAAUGGUCUAGAAGGACACACACCAAACUUCUAAGAGGGGUACCUCAGAGCUGGAGAGUGGGAACUUGGAUUGGAAGUGAUCGAAGAAGACCUGGGCUCUUUUUGUAUUGUAGUGGACACUUACGUAUCCAGAGAAUGCAAAACUAAACAUUCAUUAAAAAAAAAAAAAAAAAAGAUUUUCGUUUUUAUGGAUAAUUUGGAAGUUGCAGAAAAAUUUGAAGGAGAAAACUUAAAACAUACUUGUGUUUAUCACCCAGGGAUAUUACAAUUAAAAUAUUGAUAUGUUUUCUUGCACUAAACAUAUUUAAUUAUGAUCAUUCUGUAUAUGGUUUUAUAUCCUGAUUUCUCCCACUUAUCAUUUCAUGUGCAACGUUUUCCCCAUGUCAUUUAACAUUCUUUGGAAAACACAACUUAAAUGACUAGCAUUUCUUUCAUAUCAAAAUAUGACAAAUAAUUUUAGGGCUUUUAGGUUGUUCCUGAUUCUUCACUGUUUAUUUAAAUUGCAUUCAUUGAGCACUUAUUUCCUGACUGGUCAGAACCUCUGCUAGGGUUACAGUGUUCAAUAGGGCAUCCCAAGCUUCCCCUCCCCUCCAGAGCUUCCAAAUAUAAGGUAAGAUAUGUGUGCAGAAAUAGCUGCUCAUAUUCUGUUUCUUUGGGUUACACUGUUACUAAGGGAAUGAAGGGAUCAAAAAAUGUGGAAUGUCUUAAGGUUUAUGAUUCACAUUGUUACCCUGUUUUACCAGUAAAGUGAAAGUGAAGUUG